AUGACUGAUCCACAAGAUUCGGACCAAGAAUUGAGGAUUGAUGAAUCUCCUGAAAAUGAUAGUGAUAUUCAAUGUCUAGGAGAAUAUAAUGUUUCAGAUAUUAAAAAAAAUACAAGUAAAAACUUUAAUAAUGCCGAUAUUUCUGAAAAACAUGAGAAAAAUUAUGAUACUACUAACAUUACUAAUGAAAAAAUUGAAAUAAAUGAUAUAAUAACGGAAAGAAUAAAAGAAUCUAAUGACAUAGAUAAGAAAGAUGAUGAAGAAUAUAAAAUUUCAUAUGAUAAAAAAGCUGCAUCACAUUCUCCAAAAUUAGUUGAAGACAUUAAUGGUACAGGAAAAUAUGAAACUAAAAAAAAUUAUAUCAUGAGAGAUAUAAGAGAUAUGCAUAAAGAAAUAAUAUUAACACCUUCAGCUGAAGGAUUGUUAAAAAUUCCUCAAAAUCGUAUUUCAAUUGAUGAAACAUCUGUAAGUAACAAUAAUCAAUAUAUAAAUCGUAGUAGCCGUGCUUCAUCAGUUUGUAGUUCUUCAUCAUUACAAAGAAACAAACGAAAAUCUAAUACUCCCAAACAUGUUAAUUUUAUAUCUGAACGUUUAAGUAGUUCCUUUGAAGAAAGUGAAGUGCAAAAACAAAAAAUUCUCGAUAUUUUACAGGGAGCUUCUACAGAUACAGAACCAAGAAUUAAAGGAGAAAAACGAAAAAUAGAUGAUGAUGAAGAACAUUUUACAAAUGAAAAAAAAAUUUGUGAUGAUAAAACUAUACAUCAAAAUAAUGUAUCUAAAAAUGACAAAUUACCAAUAUCUAAAGUUUUUAAUAAUGCAGAAACAACAUUGGGUAAAUUAUUAGGUGAAAAAGAUAAAAUCGAUGAGAAACAAAAAGAAAUAACUACAAAAAGUUCAUUAAAUGUUGCCUCACCAAAAGAUGCGAACUUUGCUCCAAUAAAACCAAAACCAUCUCCUGCCAUGAUUUUCAAACCAAUGAAAUAUCAAACAUCUCCUAAUUUGUCUUCACAAUCUGCCUCUAUAAGUAGUUCGAAAAGUCCUACAAAGAAUUCUGUAUCAUCUUUAUCUAAUAAUAAAGAUAAUUCCACUUUAAUGUCUGGUAACAAGCAACUAAAUGCAAUUGCUCAAUUAUCUAAAAAUAUUUCCAAACCAAAUGGUCAAUCUCAAGGAAAAUCAUUAAAUGAUAAUGAUUUAUCACAAUCAACUUUAGCUACACCUUCAACAUUAUCAACAGCUCCACAAUCAAAAAAACGUACUCAAUAUCAUAAAAUGAUGAAUAGAAAUCAGGGAGAACCAACAGUUCGUGAAAUGUUAUCACCACAAAUAAAAUAUACACGAAAUAAAACUGAACAACAACCUCAAUCUAUUGUUUCAAGACCCAAUGGUAUAAUGACACAAAAUACAUCAUUUAUCAAUUAUCCAACCAAUGUUUAUCCACAACAAAUGCUUGUAGCUGCUGGUUAUUCUAAUUUUCCUGGACAACCUAUUUAUUCAAAUACACCAUAUAGUUAUUUAGUACCUGCAUCAAAUAAUUUACCAACACAAAUAGUUAAUGAAUCAACAUCACCUCCAAAAUUAGCACCUGUAGUUGAUAAUUCUAGUAGUGUAAUUAAUGGUAAUAAACCUGAUUCUGAUGAUUUUAAAGAAAUGCCUGACAUUCAACAUACAAAAGCUCAGGUAAAAGACGACAAUGCAAGUGCAAAAGAAAAUAGUAAACCAGCAAAAAUUAAAAAACUUAUCGAUGAGAAAGACAUUGAAGAGGUUAGUAGAGCUUUUGAAAAAGAAGCUGAGAAAUGUAAUGGAUUACGAGGAGGACGAAAACGUAAAAUAUUAAAACAUUCAUUAGAUGGUGGAACAAUGAUAGAAGAACAUCCUGAACCACCUAAACAUGUUCUUAAAAAAUCAUUAGAAAAAAUUGUACCGAAAAAUCUUCUUGAAAAUGCAAGAAAUUCUAGAGAUAAGAAAAAAUUAGGCGUUCCAACACCACAAAAAAGAAAAGCAUCAUCUAAAGAAAUUCAACGUUUACUUGAUAUGGAUUUUGGUGUUGGAAAGUCACCAUUUGAAGAAACUAAUUGUGACAAAUAUACUCAAUCUAUUUUAAAAUUAAGUAGAGAAAAUGAAGACAAAUUAUCUACAGUAAGUGUUGAUAGUAUUAUUAAAGGAUAUUGUUUACAAUGUAAUAAUCCAUUACCAACUCCAAGAACAAGAAAGUCAGAAAUUAAAUUUUGUAAUAAAGAUUGUGAAAAACAAUAUAAUACAAAAAAUAGACGAUCUCUUAGAGACAAUGUCUCUUUAUCCAGUGAUGGCGCAAAAGAACCUGAACCAUCAUCAUCAAAAGAUAUUAUUACUGAAGUAAAAAAAGGAAGGGGUGGAAGGAGAAGUAAGAAUGCUAAAGUUGAAUCUCCUGCCAUAGUUGAAACACCGAAAACAUCAAAGAAGACUCCAACACCGAAACAAUCUCCUAAUAUACCAGCACCAAAUCUUGUCCCUGAAGUUCCAACAACAGAUCAAACAGUUUUUAAAUCACCAUCCUCAAAAUCUAUCAGUGAAGAAGAUAAAUCUCCCAUGCCAGUACUUGAAAGUGCAAAAUCUCCAACUUUAUCACCACAGGUGACACCUAAAGAAAUUAUUGCAAAUUCAAUAUUUACAAUUGAAGGAUUAGAUGUUUACAAAGUGAAAUCAUGGACACCCUACGAAGUAAUGCUUUGGGUAAACGGACUUUGUAAAAAUGAAUUGGGACAAAUAUUUAAAGAUGAAGAAAUCGAUGGUGAAUGUCUACUUAUUUUAGAUAAAGAAACUUUAAAACAACAUUUACAAUUCAAAGUUGGUCCUAGUAUGAAAAUUUUAGAGGAAAUUAAAAAAUUAAAAGAAUUACAAAAAUUAUCAUAG